AUGUGGACAACCUGCUACGACGACGAUAUUGAAAGGAGGCAAGACUUUGAGUACGACGCGCCUGCACCUCGCUACCGUGGCAUAAGAGGAAGACCAGAGAUUGAAAAACCACCCCACCCUCUGUCCCGUGGAGCUCGCCAUGACCAAGACGCUAUCCCAGAUAUCUAUCUGCACGAGCACAGCGUAGUCACCGCGCCCUCGACAGGCUCACGCAUCUACAACCUCUGGCGCCUAUCCAACAACUUGUACACCCGCCACACUACUGGCAACCACCACGACCGCCAACGAGAAUUCUACACGCUCUUUUGUGCCUAUGCUCACGGCCUCUCCCUCGGCGCUCGUGCGGUCCCCUUCCGCAAUGCAGUCAUCGAAGCCGUGAUCGAGCUGCUCGACGAUUAUGACGGGCCCUGGCAGAACACGGGAUGGCACGCCCUUCGGGACGCAACGGCGCAUCACCCAGAGUGCCAAUUGCGCAAGCUUGUUGCGUUCAAAUUCGUUGUGAGCGUGUACGAGGGUAUGUGGACAUGGCUGGGUCCGAACGCUAUCGGCGAUGAGGAUAUGUUAGCAUUGGCAAAGAGGACAAAGGCGGAGCUGCCGGUGGGGAGGAAGGGGCGGGAGGUAUGGCAGGAGGUUGUCAAUGAAAGGCCUCGGUUUCAUGAGCCGCGUCAUAGAGAGAGCGAGGAUGACAAGAUAGCGAUGCUUUGA